AUGAAGAUCAUGAGGAACUAUCAGUCCCUACACCUGCUUCCUGUUUUUUCUUUAUUCUCCCUCCUUCUCUGUCCUGCGUCUGCCACUUCAGGGUCAGACUUUGACUUUGGAGCCCACCCCCGUUUUGUUUGCACUCCUAUCCCCGUGGAUGCAGACCCGGCCUGCACCCCUGCGGCAGCUCCAAGCUUGGGGGCCGCAGGGUCCAGCGGGCCAAACCAUCAAAGUGCACCUCCUGCUGGUUGGUGGGGGGCAAGCGAGGAAGCCAAAGCCACAAUCCUACACCUCAGGGAGAGCCUGGUUCAGCAAAAAGAGACCAUCCUGGACCAGAGAGAGACCAUAAGAGAGCUGACGGCCAAGCUCGCCCUGUGCGAGGGCCUCACACGGGGUCAUGCGCCUCAUGACGAGCACCAUCACACAGACCCACACACUCAGUACGCAGGGCUGGUCGGCCACCAUGUGUACGCAGACCACGUACACUAUAGCAACCAGCAGAAUCACCAUGGGAACAGCAACCUCAUACCGGACUCACCGCUGUACCCCUCUGUGGGGGGUCAACGAUCUAAUGGAGGGCAGAGCAGCAGCAGCCAAGGGAAGGAUAAACAUGUGGCACCAGGGGAUAUCACAUCAUCUCCAGAGCACAUGGAGAGAAUGCUGCAGGCACUGAAGGAGAGGCUGGACAACCUGCAGAAAAGAAACACAUCCAUCACCUACUCCAGCUCCCUGAAGGAGCUGCUCCAGAGGAAGAUCAGCGCCCUGGAGCAGCAGCUUCACCACAAUACAGCUGCUCUCAGCAGCCCCGACACCCACCACAAUGAUGAUGACAGCACCCACAAGGACGGUGGAGACCACCACCAUGACGAUGAUCACCACGAUGAUAACGGACACCUGAGUGACCACAAGGUCAGCCACAGCAGUAGGGGUCACAAUCCCAGUGGGGACAACACCGACCAUCAUGAUGACAGUCACAGUGAUGACCAUCAUGACACAGGGAGUGACCAUGAGGACCAUGAGGAUCAUGAUGACAGCCACCAUGAAGAAGAGGAUGAUGAUCACCAUAGUAAUGAAGCGGACAGCCACAGCUACCUUACACACACAGCAUACAGAGUACCAGGCCCACGAACUGGUUUCCAUUCUAACAAACUGGAAACGAUGCUCAACCAGCUGCAGCUUGCAGGUUCCAGCAGGAGGAAACUCAAGAGUCCCGAUGCCUUUCAGAUCAGCUUCCCCAUGAGAACCAACUACAUGUAUGGACGCAUGAAGAAGACGCUGCUGCAGGAGAUCUUUGCUCUGACUUUGUGUCUAUGGAUUAAGGCAGGUGUAGGGCCCAGCCUGGGGACGCCGUUUUCUUACUCUGCUCCAGGACAGGCAAAUGAACUGGUACUGAUAGAGUGGGGGAACAACCCCAUGGAGCUGCUGAUCAAUGACAAGGCUGUAACGCUCCCUCUGUCCCUGGGGGACGGAAAAUGGCACCACGUGUGUGUGACCUGGACGACGAGGGAUGGACAAUGGGAGGUCUAUCAAGACGGAGUACAGAGGGGGUCUGGGAUGAAUCUUUCCCCCUGGCAUCCAAUUAAACCUGGAGGUGUCUUCAUCCUGGGACAGGAGCAGGACACUCUGGGAGGCCGUUUUGAUGCCACUCAGUCAUUUGUCGGUGAGAUGUCAGACCUGCAGAUGUGGUCACAUGUCCUGACCACCACCGACAUCUACAGCCUGGCUUCCUGUGGUAGCCACCUCAGAGGAGACGUCCUUGCAUGGUCUGAAACAGAGCUGGAGCUUCAUGGAGGCGUCUCCAAAUAUCCCUUUGACCCCUGCCACUGA